GGAUGUAGAUUUCGCACAGGGAAGUGUAGCUCGCGCAUAAGUUGGAUCUUCUUCCUUAACAAUGGCGACUGUCACGACCGAACCAUUGCUAUCGACAAGACUCAGAGGAGUUCUGCUUGUUGUCAUUCUUCAUCUUGUAUUAAUACCACCGCUGGAUGCUAUUUCAGAGCUGGGAAAAUGGAUCCAGGAUGUGGAUAAUGUAGGGGCGAACCCAAAGUUCUACUAUUUUCCAAAGACAAUGUUCAGUAAUACUUCAAUUGAAAUAAAAGUGCUCAGUGAAAAGUGUCAUGGUUCUGUAAACUUAUCAUGGACAAUAUCAUGGUUUUUGCGGAGUUCUCCUUGCUACGAUGAAGUGUUUGGUCUUGAUUCUCAAACAGCAGAACUCUAUUUUAACGACAAUGUGCGCGAAGGAAGCAAUGGGUUGUACAUAAACCACAAGUAUGAGCCUAUAACGUGCGAAUUUAGUAUUCCUGGAAAUAAGCUUGCAGUAGAAAACAUUGAUUUGCCUAAACCGCUAAAACCAAUGAAUCCGGAAACCAUAAAUCCACAAGGCAGACGAAGGAGGGAUGCAGAGAAGACCGAAGUGCAGACGAAAGAUGUGGCAGCAAAAAACCCAUCGAGUGCUCCAAAAAGCAAAGACUCUUUAUCGGUGAAGAUCUCCCUAAAACAGUCUAAAUCACGCACUGAAGUGGCAAAAACCUGGGAAGACAGCCCUUAUAUGUUCAUCAUCAGAACUGAAACAAAUCAACCUGUCCAAGAACCUGCCUCAAAAUCAAGCAUAAAACUGGAGGUCAGGAUGUACGGCUCCCAUCAAUACAUCUCAGCAUCUGAAUGGCCAUUGAUGAUUUUCUACAUGGUGAUGUGCAUCAUUUAUGUGCUUAUGGGCGUGCUUUGGUUGGCUCUGUCUGCGUGUUACUGGAGAGACCUGCUUCGGAUUCAGUUCUGGAUUGGAGGAGUGAUCUUUUUGGGCAUGAUUGAGAAGGCAGUCUACUACGCAGAGUUCCAGAGCAUCCGUUACGAUGGCCAGUCAGUUCAAGGGGCAGUGGUGUUUGCAGAGGUACUUUCAGCUGUGAAAAGAACCCUGGCUCGAGUGCUGGUCAUCAUUGCUAGUCUUGGAUAUGGCAUAGUCAAACCAAGACUAGGGGCAUUGCUGCACAGGGUGGUGGGGGUUGGACUGCUCUACCUCAUCUUCUCCAUCAUAGAAGGAGUACUGAGAGUCAACACGCUUAAUGUUUCUCUCUCGCAGGAGCAAGGUGGUUCAAGCAGGCUGCUUUGUGACAUUGUUAUGGCCCUCAUUGAUUCUUGUAUUGUCUGGUGGAUCUUCAUUAGCCUGGCCCAGACGAUGAAGCUCCUUCGGCUGAGGAGAAACGUGGUCAAACUGUCCCUUUACCGACACUUCACCAACACACUCAUAUUCGCUGUCAUCGCUUCUGUUAUAUUUAUUGUGUGGACAACAAAGACCUUCAAGUUAUCCAAGUGCCAAUCUGACUGGAGAGAGCUGUGGAUAGAUGAUGCCUUCUGGCGCUUCCUAUUCUCAAGUAUCCUGCUCGUGAUCAUGUUCUUAUGGAGGCCAUCAGCCAACAACCAGAGGUAUGCCUUCAGUCCACUGGUGGAUGAGUUUGAGGAAGAAGAGGAGCAGCUAAUGAAUGAUGCCUUCGAGGGUGUGAAAAUGAGAGGAAUGAAACCAGAGACCAACGGAAGUGCCAAACCAAGCAAAGUGGAUGAAGAUCUCAAAUGGGUUGAGGAGAACAUUCCCUCAUCAAUGGCUGAUGUUGCACUGCCACCUCUGCUAGACUCAGACGAGGAGAUCAUGACCACAAAAUUUGAGAUGUCCAAAAUGGAGUAGAUCUAGGAAGAAGAUGUAAUGUAUAAAAUCUGAACGAAAAUGCAAAACUGCUUUAUCCCAAAAUAUGAGCUUUUCAUAUGCAGCGUCUGUAAAUAUGUGGGGCGAUGAGGGUAAUGUACGAAAGGACUUUUGUUUUUAUUUUGAAUUGCCUGUUUGUAUUUAUAUUUUCUCAGAUAAUAUGGCGUAAGAGUUUCUUAAAACAUAACUGUAAAUUGCCUUUGACUGUUGUUUAUUUGUCUACUGGACAAAAUGUGAUUAAAACAUUAGUUUGUGCAUUUUGCUUUUUCACUAAGAGGCUUUUGCACAACAAUCCUAUUAUUGAUUACAUAAAGAUGGGAAAACAUGUCAGAUAAAAGCUUGCUCUUCUGGUUUUCUUUAAUUUGUUUUACGUUGUAUACCUUUCUGACCUGGUGGUAUUUUCAGUAAAAGUGGCCAUUAAGUGUCAUCAUGUUGGACUGUGCACCAUUAAGCAGAUUGCCUUUCAAUGAAUUUAUCUGACGUGAGUUUUUAAUGCUCUGUUGUCAUAGUUAAUAGACACUCGCCUGCCUUUUGGGUUCUGUUAGAUUACAAGGGGAAAAUCAAUUUUCAGGAGUUUUGUCUCUACACUAAAACCUCUUUUUACUUUUUUUGCCCCCCCGUUUGAUUGCACUGCUGGCCACAGUAUAUCUAGCAGCAUAUGCAAAUAAACUAUUUUUAAUACCAAAAA